CUUUUCGUCAUUCAUUUAUCUUUUACAGUUUUCAUUUUUUUAAGAAGGGGUUAAUUUAAAGCAAUAUAAUAAUCUGAGUCCAUUCUUUAAAUUAUUCUCCUUCCAUUUUCUUCGUAAACAAUGUCUGACGAUGAACGAGGCUAUUCGCGUAAGCGCCCUGCAGACUUUGAAGAGCUCUUCGAGGAUGGAGGAGAUGCUAAAGAAAAUUUUGAAGAUGAAGACGAGGUUAUCGAUGAGGAUGGUAACGUUGCUGGAGAUUUGGACCUAGGUAAAGCAGGCACUCAAGCUUGGUUGGUCAAGAUCCCUAAAUUUCUAGCUGAUCGCUGGGCCUCCAUCAAUGAAGAAGGCGUUGAUCUAGGAAAAGUUCGAAUAAUAACACCCGUUAAUCCCAGUGACGGUAAUCAAUCACAGUUUCAGCUUAUUUUGCCUUCGGAUCAAAAGUUUACAGCAAACAUCCCCAAAACCUACACGCUCAAAAUGAACCCAGCACAGGUCAGCAACACAUUCGUCUUUACGGAGCCUACAGGCCCUCAUCCAAAGCCUCCUCACGCGCCUGGAUACCCCACAGGCAAAGCUACAUCUAUUCUUGCAACUAUCAAACACGAAUGUUCUGUAACGCCCAUGGAUGGCAGUGCCGAAUACAGGUCCAUUAUGCGAGAGCGUAAUAUUGAGGCUGCGAAGAAGGGAGGUCGAUCAGUACAGAUAUUGGAAGAUAAUAACAGAAUAGAUAGUGCUGGUGGUCGCCAGGGCCAGUUCUUGCCAGGCAUGGGUAUUCGCAAUGGAUUUAUUCAAAAGAAGGCCAAGGUGCAAAUGGAUCAAAAGACCACACGUAUGCCAAAGAACGAACUUGUGGACAUGUUGUUCUCUGCCUUUGAACAGUAUCCUUAUUGGUCUUUCAGAGGAUUAGUCGAGUAUGUUAAGCAGCCUCAUUCAUACUUGAAGGAGGUUUUGAGUGAAAUAUGUGAAUUUAUCAGGAAAGGACCUUAUACAGCGCGGUAUCAACUCAAGGCAGAAUUUGUGGGCACAGGUGGACGUGGCGGUGCUGCAGGCUCUUCGAGCUCUGCUGAUGUGAAAAGAGCUGAGAAUGAAACAACCUUUAACCCCGCAGCUGUUGGAGUCGCUACGGGUGAGACUGCGACCGCGGCUGUAGAUCCAGACUUGCAAGACGCAUUGGAUGAAGACGAAGAGGAUUUUGAGGAGGAGGAGGAUGACAUGGUCGAAGUUUCAGUAUAGUAGUAUAGUGGAC